AUUCUGACAACAUUGAUGGCCACGAAGGAGCGUCUGCUGCUGACGUGUAAACGAAUGUUGUUGUUCCUUCACGGACAAUUAAAAUUUAAUAAAUUUUGAAAAGACUUUGUUCCGGUCCACUAGAAUCCUUUUCACUGAGUGACAUAAGGGUAUGGUGAAAAACAGUCGCAUAUCGGGUUCCCGACUCGUGUGUGCCAGCGUGUGCUGACCCGUAGCCUCGAAACCGGUUUGCCUUUCCUUUAGCGAUGGUUGUGUAUCGCCGGACGGUCAUGUCGUAGUCGUCCCCUUCAAUCGUUUGGCAUCUGAUCAUUGCGGCCCAAUCUCGGUGAACUUGGACGAUAUACUUCAAAAUGUUCUCCCGUUAUAUGCUUCUGGUGCUUCUUAUUGUUCCUCUAGCGACGUUAUUUCAGCAAAACGGAGCCUUUGCCCAGGCUGACGACGAUGACGAAGAUGUGGUGGUGGAGGACAGUGCCCAGGCAGACCAGAAGGACGCCGCAGUCACAGAGCCGGAGGAUGACGGCAGCCAGCCGCUGAAGCCGUCUCCAGACGGCGACACUUUCCUGCUGUUCACCAAGCCGCAGGGCUUCCAGUCGAAGCUGCCCGCAGGCAAGGAGGUGCACUUCCUGGUGGGCUUCACCAACAAGGGCAGCAAGGACUUUGUGCUGGACACCAUGGACGCCUCGUUCCGCUACCCCAUGGACUUCUCCUUCUACAUUCAGAACUUCACAACGAUUGGCUACAACAAGGUGGUGAAGCCCAAGCAGCAGGCCACCCUGUCGUACAGCUUCUUUGCCAGCGAGAGCUUCAGCGCCCGUCCCUUUGGACUCACGGUCAACCUGAUGUACCGCGACGCUGACGGGGCCCCCUACCUGGACGCCGUCUUCAAUGAGACUGUGGAAGUGGUGGAGGUGGAUGAAGGCCUGGACGGAGAGACGUUCUUCCUGUACAUGUUCCUGGCGACGUGCCUGGUGCUGCUGCUGGUGGCUGGCCAGCAGUUCCUGGGAUCUGUGAGCAAGAAGAAGGCGGCUCCCAAGCAGAAGGUGGAGAUGGGCACUCAGAACGUGAACGACGUCGACUACGACUGGCUGCCCAAGGAGACACUCAACGACCUCAACCGGUCGCCCAAGAGGUCAUCGCCCCGGCAGUCCCCACGUCAGAGGCGGCUCAAGCGGGGGACUGGCUCCGGAGAGGAGUGAGGAGGACACCCCGCCGCCCCGCCCCCAGCACCCUUCGCCGGGACACGUCCGGGACACAAGGACGCCCAUCUCCCCAUCUGCUUCGUCGGGGGCGGCGCUUUUGCACCAUGCUCAAUAAAGGGGUUCCUUUUGUA